AUGACGACCUUUGCUGCAAGACCGCGGGCUAACAAUGACCAGAGCAGCAAGCAGCAGCACGCUUCCAAAUCCUCGUCGCCGGAUGCCCUCAACUUGAUCCGUUCGUGCUUCCAACGGAAAAAUCGGGUGGACGACGGCUCGCUCGACGCUGCCGCCCCCUCAUCGUCGUCACAAGGACAUUGCUCGGAUCUAGCUGUCGUUCUCCUGGGAAAGCUGGCGGCCUCACGGGACAGUGCCAAGUGGCGGCUCUUCCACUUUCGGGCUUCCAGCAACCCUUCCAAUCUGAAAAACCCAAUGUCACUCAGCAUUCCGAGGUCGGCAAGACCUCGUCCGCUCUCCGACAUUUUCUCCGGCUCCAGCGAUGGCCAGAUAGCAGAUUUCAUGGCCAGUCAAGUGACCGCAAAUGGCUCAACCAACUCGCUCGCUCCACGAUCACCGACUCGCCCGGUCUCGCAGAAUCGGUCCAAUAGCGACGAGUCGGUGGCUUCGACAACAAUGCCGACUUUGCGCAACGAAAAAGUCGUCGCCACCGGGAACGGAAUCACCGUCAGUGUUUCCCUCGCCGAGCCGGUACUCUUUCUUCCGGGCUAUGAUCACAACGAUCCAAGCACGAAAAAGUCGGCUAUCCUGCGAGGCAAUCUUCAUAUCAAAACAACCAAAUCGGUCAAGGUCAAGAAAGUCUCAGUCUGCCUUCAUGGCCAUUCCCAGACCGACUGGCCAGAUGGCAUCCCUCCAAAAAAAGUGUCGUUCCAUGACAAGAAGGAUUUGAUUACCUCGGGCAUGGUCUACUUCAACCACGGAGACACAGCCCUCGUACAGAACGAAUACGGUGCUCAUUAUUAUCAAUUAGCUGCCACACCCGUCCCGGCCACGACCAAGGAGCUGAAGGUACCAGGCGUCACCGCCACGACUCGCGAAUUGUUGUCCUCGACCACCAUCAAUAGAGAAACUUCACGAGAAGCGAAGCGCCUGUCUCUACAAUCGAAUCACACGCGCAGUAUUAGCAAGAACGAACCUGCUCCUAAUAUGCAGACACAGGCGGCGCGGAAUUACAGACUCUUCCCACCAGGCGAUUACUUGUACUCGUUUGAGUUCCCUAUUGAUGGGUCACUGCCGGAAACAAUCAAAAGUGAAAUGGGCUUUGUGCGGUAUGAUCUCGAAGCGAUCGUCGAACGAUCCGGCGCCUUUCGUCCCAAUCUGUUGGGAAAUACCGAAAUCCAGGUUAUUCGCACUCCUGCCGAAGGAUCCCUCGAGCAAGUUGAGCCCAUUGCCAUCUCUCGGAAUUGGGAAGACCAGCUGCAUUAUGACAUUGUCAUUUCGGGCAAAUCGUUCCCCCUGGGAUCGCAGGUUCCCAUUGCCUUCAAAUUAACACCGCUAGCCAAAGUGGAAUGCCACCGCAUCAAAGUAUACGUGACGGAGAACAUCCAGCAUUGGACUCAAGACCGAUCCGUCCAUCGCUUUCAGCCAGCGAAAAAGGUAUUGCUCUUCGAGAAACGUGCGGAUUCGCAGAGUGUCAGCACGUACCCAGGAAGCAGCAUGCGGGUAACUGCCGGUGGAGGUGUAUCUUGGGAUCAACGCGACGCGGCCGCUCGAGGUGACGAACACGUGGGCAGGGGAGUCACCAGCCUGCUGGGUAAUCUAUCAAACGAUGUGGGAGUCGGGCCUACCGAGAUGGAGUUUAGUGUGCAACUACCCAGCUGUCAUGCCAUGAAAGGCAAGGAGGAAGGGCAGCGCUUGCACUUUGACACUACGUACGAAAACAUUCAGAUUAAUCACUGGAUCAAGAUCGUCAUGCGUCUAUCCAAGAUGGACGAAAAUGACCCGACGAAACGCCGCCACUUUGAAAUCUCCAUCGAUUCUCCAUUUCACAUCCUCUCAUGCAAGGCCACCCAGGGCAAUAUUUAUCUCCCAGCUUACAGCGAUCCUUCAUCCGACCCUGCGGUUCCACAAGAAGAGUACGCUUGUGGAUGUCCCGGGGCCGCGCUCACGAGACGUAAUACGUCCAACAGCACUCAAUCGUCUUUGGAUCGAGAUGAGCGGGUUAAUACUUCGUCUACUGGACGGCUACCUCGCAGUUUUACUUCUGGUUCAGGUGGUUUGGCACGGCCGGAGCAAGCUCACAUUGCCCACGAGCCCACCGAGCGCGAAACUCGUCCCAUGCAUCUGAUACGCGCGCCCUCGUUUGCGCCGCCUUCUUUUGAAGAUCUCGAACCUCCUCCACCGCUGGUCACGCCACCUCCAGAGUAUGACACUAUUGUGGGUGAUCAAGACCGCGAGGCCGUGUUGACGGACUACUUCAACCGGCUUUCUUACUUUGAAGAGCAAGACGACGAACACGGGCUCGGACGGGUCGACGUUCCUCUCACGCCCGGAGGCCGCGUUCAUCGUAGCAUGGAUGUACCGCGCGAAUGGGUGCGACUCGGUGACGCUACAGUUCAAUGA